AUGGAAGUUCAGAGGAUGAGUGCGAGGCGCUCCUGCGACGCGGUGGGCGGCGGCGCCCGCCCCCCCUCGAAGUCGAGCCCCCCGCCGUCGCUCCUCUGCUCCCGGCCGUCUCCGGUUGGGGGUGGGCUGGGCGGUCGGUUCUGGGCGCUCACGCCGGCGGAGGACGACGCGGAGGCGGUGAGCGAGGCCAGCGACGAAUUCCCCUCCUCCCCAGGUACGGUCACAGGUAAACCUUCCCCCUCUCCUUCCCUUGGUCUUUUUCUUCGGGCGGCGGAGGCGCUUGGGGGCUCCCUCCGGUCGGCCCGGCGGUCGGCGUUCGCGCCUGGCGGCCGUCCCUCUAGGUUCCCCUCCGGUGGUGGAGGAGGGGCUGGCUCCGUCCCUGGUAGGAGCAGCUCUAAUCGCGGUUUCGCGCGCGCGGAGGCACGCCGGCGGAGGAGGUUCCCGGCGCAGGACUGGGUGUCCGUCCGGAGCCCGUCGCCGGAGCCUGGUUCGCCGGCGGCGGCCGUCCCUGGUGCUGGCGAGGCUGCUGCGCUGGUGUCGCCGCCGGCGGCGGGGCGGGGUAGCGCUCGGGAGGUUGGGGACGAGCCGUUCCCCCGCUCGCUGUCCGGGCUGGGCCCGGACGUUGGGCCGGCCUGCUCCUUGUCCCUCUCCUCCGAGGCCCGGGAGAGCCGAAGGCUUUGGAACCGUGGGCUGAGAAGGUUGUGGCGUCCCGGGCCCACAGUCGGAGUGUGCAAGGCCCGGGGGUGGCCGAGCCACUUACCCGGCUCUGGAUUCGUCGUGGCUGCUCGAGUGCGGAGUUAG